AUUAUGUCACUUGUGCGAAAAAAAUUGUAGGAAAGCGAGGUUUGGCACAUGGUACAACCAGCGUUGCGAGUACGAUCAAUAGCUCUAUAUACUCCUAGGUGCAGAGGCGCGGAAGUCUCUGAGAAGGUGAGACAGGUCGUUUGUUGAAACGGCGAGAGUGUAUUAAACGCGAUAAGUGGAUAAUGAUCGGAUAUGAAUUCGUGUCUUUCAAAGAGUGUGUGUCGCGAGCGCGCCGCCCCACGGUUCACCCUUCCGCGCCGAUAAGGCAGCGUGGUGGCAAACUUAAGAUUCGUUUUUAGUUUGCUCCGAUCUCUCGGGCACUCGGCAUCACGCGGCGGUGGAAAUCGCACGUCGAAAAUAAAUUCCUGCAGGCUGCUCGGGCUGAAGAGAAACGGCGAGGUGUUGUCAGCGAUCGGCCGCACGCACGAUGAAAGCGGAAAUAAUUGACGUUUAACUGAUUCUUAUUUCGAGAAAGCAGCGGAAAAAAAAUGCAACGCGACAUUGAGAAAAAUUGGCGUGAGUUUGGUCUCGUACCGUUAGAUCCCGUCCAAGAGGCCAUGGGCUCCAUGGGUCCAUGGCACAUCGUGAUCGCCGUGGCGAUUUCCCUCGUCAAAUUUCCAGUAGCUUGGCACCAGCUCUCUAUUGUAUUUCUUGCACCGCCCACUAAUUUCUCAUGCAGCGCUCCUUUGUCAGCAACUAACGAAUCUAUGACAAUGAAAUGCAAGAUUGACGUUGGGAAUGGCACUAUAGAAGAGUGCACUGAAUUCAAAUACGAUAAGCGAGUAUUCCGAGAGAGUAUCAUAACGCAGUGGGAUUUAGUAUGUAAUAGAGAGCAAUUGACGAAUUUAGCACAAUCUUGCACAAUGUUCGGUGUGCUCGUUGGUAAUUUAAUUUUCAGCAUAAUGGCUGACAGAAUUGGCCGAAAGAAACCGUUAAUGAUCGCAGUCGCAUUGCAAUCGGCGACAGGAUUCGCGAGUGCAUUCGCACCGUGGUACGAAUUGUUCCUGGUACUCAAAUUUAUUUGCGCCUUAAGUACUGGCGGAACGAUGCUCGUCAGUUUCGUUUUACUUAUGGAGAUUGUCGGAGUCGAAUGGCGAUCGACUAUGUCGGUCCUUUUUCACGUGCCAUUUUUAAUCGGACACGUAAUGAAUCCCCUGAUAUCUUACUUGACGCUUACGUGGUACGGAUUCCAAAUGGCUAUCUCGAUACCGUCAAUUUUCUUAUUAUCGUACUACUGGAUUAUCCCGGAAUCACCGAGGUGGCUGCUAGCUGUGAGCAAAUCCAGAAAGGCGGAACGGAUCUUGCUGAAGGCUGCCGAGCGAAAUAGGAUCCCGGUGGAAAAUGUGAAGCUAGCGCUUGAAACUCAUGAGAAUCAGAUCCGACAGGGGAGGAACAAUGAGAAAUAUAACAUCACGCAUUUGUUUAGAACCCCGAAUUUAAGAUUGAAAACCAUAUACGUGAGCGUCAACUGGUUCGUCUGCGGCAUCUGUUUCUUCGGAUUAGCGCAAUACAUGGGUCAUCUCGACGGCAAUAUAUUCAUCAACGUCGCAGUUUCUGCCGCCAUGGAAAUACCUGGAACUAUAAUAGUGCUGUUUCUGAUAUCGCGGGUUUCGCGUUUAAAAAUUUUGAUGGGCGGGAACAUCCUGUCCGGCGUGAGUCUGCUUCUGAUAACUCUCAUAACCAACGCGAACGUCCGGAUAUUUUUAGCCUCGCUAGGCCUCGUGGGUAUGGCUAUUAGUUUUCCUACGGUGUACCUGUACAGUUGCGAAGUAUUUCCGACUGUCGUGAGAAAUAUUGGCGUCGGUUUGGGAAGUAUCUCUGCCAGAGUAGGAAGUAUAAUUGCACCGUUCAUUGCCACAAUGGGCACUAUCCAACCUUGGCUGCCUCCGGUAAUAUUUGGUACAGCGCCGAUAAUAGGCGCUGCACUCUGUUUAUUCUUACCGGAAACAAUGAACUGCGAGUUGCCACAGACGAUAGAAGACGCCGAAAACUUUGGAAAGAAAAAAUCCGAGGAAGAACAUUGACUUAAUAAUAAUUGAUACGUGACAUAUGCACUUGUGGUUGCAUAAUAUUUUUCCACAAUUAAAUAUUUCAUAGAGCGCAAAUUUAGCACGGCACAGCAAGUUCAACCACUCAAGAUAUCAAUAUCUGUGUCAAUACCUUUUAUCAAGUGAGUCUGCAAAAGAUUGAUAUAAUUUUUUUCACUUUUUUAACGUAUAAUCGUGCCUGAAAAAAAGAGAAUUUUUAUACAUAACUUGUACUAUUCAUCAUCAUAUAUGUACACGCUAUAUAGCACUAAAUAUUUUAUAUCACACUGUAAAUUUUAUAUAACAAUUAUAUAUUUAUUAACAUAUA